AUGAACCUGAUCAGAUCGAGCAAAUUGUUGCAACUGGCUGUUAUGUCAGCCGGCAGCAACAAGGAGAGCGACAACAGCAGCAACGGAAGCCGCAACUACAACUGCAACAACAUUUUCAACAACAGCAAGAUAGAUGAUAUUAGAAACAAUUCACUGAAUAAUCUCAACACCUCAACACUUUCAAUAAACCUACCGACGACAUUGACGACAGCGACAUUAAAGUCAGCAGAAGCAGCCACAGCAACCACAACAUCGGCCACAUCAUCACAAAAAUCCCUCUUUGAUUCCAUAUCAGUUAUUUCACACGUACUCCCGCCACCUCCCUACUACUCAACACUACCAACAUCAACAUCAACAAAAUCUGCCAACUUUGCACAGACUUCAACGAAAGCAGCCACAUUUGCGACAAGGUCGACAACCUGCGCGACAAUGUCAGAAAGUUUCCAAUCAGAUCAAUUAACAUCUAAAUACAGAAACACAGAUGACAACAGGACUACCGACAGCGCCAACAACAACAUCAACACAACUUGCUUCAGCGACAGCAGUCCCAGCAACAACAGCUGCAACAUCCAAAAACUCCAUAGCUUGAAAAAUCCACGCGAAAAAAUCAGUGAAAAAGACUCUCCGAUGCAACUUGUGUCAGCCAUAUAUUCGAAAGGUAUAUUUCAUUUGACGGCAGCCCGCUACAGAUACAUCGGCGGCAGAUGUCGCGGCAACCACGGCCACCAUUACAGCGACUGUCUCAGUAAACAUGCUUCUUCUAAGAAAGAAUGUUUCUGUCGAAACGCACGCAUAAGACGAACGAACGCAUCAAGUGACAUCAAACUGUUUGGGAGUGCAGAACAGCCGCAACAACUAUUGCAACAACAUUGUGACAUCAACAUUAGGGCAUUAGCCAACAGCACAAUGACAACAACAAUGGCGUCACCAUCGUCAACAACAAACAACAACUCAAUCGAAAUGUUGUACGAUACUUGA